GACCCCGCUCGACCAACGCUGGGCCCCGGGCUGCCGCACACCGACGGCGCGACGUGGAGCGACGGCCAACACAGGCGCGCACGGUCUUCCAGCCUCACCCACACCACUCGCAUCGCAUCGCACCCAAUCCGCUGUGCUCCACAACCAUCCAUGGCAACAACGUUAGCGAGCCCCCGGCGGUGGUCCACAUGGGCCGCCGGCGUGGCGUCCUCGGCGCUCGCCGGCGCCGUGUUCGCGGUCCUGGACGUCGCCGACGUGGUCCUGUGCCUCGUGUACGCCCUCCUCGACGGCAUCCUGGAGGAGAGCCCCGUGCGCUGCUACUGCCACAGGAGGAGCCACGGCGGCGGCGACGAGGAGGAGGAGGUUUCCGACACGCUGUACGCUCGGAGGAGCGCCAUCAGGGGCGCGCUGCUGGGGCUGCUGGGGCUCGUCGUCAGGAGGAGUUCUAGAGCGCCGCCGCCGGACAACAAGCAGCUGGUGGCGGGGCCGUGCCGGCAGUGGCGCAGCCCCCGGUGGUCGGACUGCGGGUGCAAGUCGUGCGUCGCGUGGCGGGGCAGCAGCAGUCAAGGCGGCGGCCGGCAGCGCCGCCUGCACGUCGUCGUCAAGGAGCCGGAGCCGGCAGCUGGAACAAGAAGCAGCUGCAGAGAUGAUGAUGAUGGUACGACGACGACCGAGAAUAAUACUGCCAUCUUCGUGCACGGCUUCGCGUCGUCGUCUUCCUUGUGGGCCGAGACGGUGUUCCGCGAAUCCUCCUCCAGCAAUAUCCUGAGCAGCAGCAGGUUGGUGGCGGUGGAUCUCCUUGGCUUCGGGCAGAGCCCCAAGCCGGGCAACUGCAUGUACACACUCAAAGACCACGUGGAGGCGAUCGAGACAAGCCUCCUUGAGUUGGAUGAUGAUGAGCCGCAGCAGAAGCAGAAUAGCCGCCGCCUGAUGACGAUGAUGAGCUCCUCCUCCUCCUUCCACCUGGUCGCCCACUCCAUGGGCUGCAUCAUCGCCCUCGCGCUGGCUGCCAAGCACCCAACCCGAGUCAAAUCCAUCACAUUGCUCGCACCGCCGUACUUCCUGGCGUGCGAUGGGCAGCAGGCGAGCCAGGUGGCGCUGAGAAGGCUGGCCGAGAAGAAGCUGUGGCCGCCAUUGCUGUUGGGCUCGGCGGUGAUGUCGUGGUACGAGCACGUCGGGAGGACGGUCUGCUUGCUCGUGUGCAGGAACCACCGGCUGUGGGAGUGCCUCAUCGGCCUCCUCACUAAGAGGGAUGAUGUGGAUUUCCGGGUGCGGGAUCUGACGAGGCACACCCACCACUCGGCGUGGCACACCAUGCACAACGUCAUCUGCGGGGCCGCGAUGCUGCAGGACAGCAACCUGGAGGCCGUCGAGGCGGCCGGCAUCCCAGUGAUGGUGAUCCACGGCCUCAGGGACCCUGUGGUUCCCGUCCAGUGCAGCCGCCAUCUCAAAGCUAAGCUCCCUCACGCGGAGCUCCGACUCAUGCCCGGGUGUGACCACGCCACCGUGCUCUCGGGGAGGGAAAGGGAAUUCGCCGAGGAGCUCACGGCCUUCUGGUCUGGUCAUCAGCAGGAUCGAUAUGAUGAUGAUGUAUCUGUAUAUCGAGGAUACAUAGAUGAUAGGUAAGGUGCAAACCAACCUAUCCGUGGAAACUAUGCAAACAUUACCGGAUCAACAUCCAAGAGAAGGGCGCAUGGGGAGUGGGAGGGGGAAUUUGUAAAAGUGUGAUUACCUAAUCCAAAGACGAACGGUUAAUUGUAAAAUUACCCCCCUUCCUCGUGCCCCUUGAAUGUUGAUCCGGUGGUCCAGAUUGAAGUUUGCAUAUAGUUUUUACGGAGAGGUUGAUUUGCACCUGAUAUGUUCAUAGAUGAUAUGCUGAUCGAUCAAUCGAUUUUACUUACUAUGAUGACUACUAAUAACUACUAGUA